ACUUCUUCACCAAUAUUGUGCCCAACACUGACACUAGUCAGUUAGCAAAAUAUUUAUGUGUACGGAAGGAUGGAACUUUAUUUAGAAGCUGAAGUAAGAGCUUACCCCUAUCCAUGGGUUUCCUUGAGCCAUGUCUUGUGACCAGUAACCACUUUGUUCUAAGUAAAAGCUGUCUUCAACCAUCCUUUGGUCUUCUUCAGUUCUCUAUCAAGGUAAGGGAAAAUGGAGCCCUAACCUCUUUACUAAUAUCAAUUAAUUUCCUCUUUAUUUCAGGUUCCCCAAAACUGAUUUUAGUGAGUCCACAAGAUAUUUAUGUGUAUGUACGGAUGGACCUAUAUUUAGAAGCUCAAGUAGAAGGCUACCCCUAUCCAUGGGUUUCUUUGAGCCAUGAUCAACAUGUUCUACAAAACAGAUCCAAUUUUACGUCUUCUAACAUACUGCUGAAGGUUAAUUCAAACAUUACUAAAGCUAACGGUGGUCUGUACAUCAUAUGUGCUGGAAAUCCAUAUCGAAAUCACUGUCUUAUCAUGAGAGUUCAUGUGCAAGAUAACCAAGGAGGUCGAGAGUGUGAGACCACCUACAAAUGGACAACUUACUUGCUUUUAGUACUCGUGAUACUUUUAGGGGGGUACUUAAUUCGUGUACUGUGCAAUAAUAGGGGCGCGAACCAAAUAGAUAUUAAAGAAAUGGGCUAAGUUUCUAAAGAAACUGUGGUGCUGCGUCUGUGGGAGUAACAAAGUAAUUUGGUUAUAUCAACUAAGUUGAAAUUGUAAAAUUGUAAGCGUACAGAGUUGAGAAAGCUGACAUUUCGAGCGUUAGUUCUUCGUCUUACUUCGCCCCUCUGAUGGGAGAAAAGUUUAAGAAUAGCGUGGAGAAAAUAUGAAAUGUUUUGUAAGUUUUGUUUGUUGCGAGGACUAAAUUUUCCUUCGCGCGCAUUGAUUCAAGACAAAAGCCAAUUGAAUAUCAAUUGUAUAGCUGCAAAUAUUGAAAACAUGAAAACAUGUAUUGAUCAUGGGUUACGUAACUCUUUCUUUGUGGUAUUGCGUGGUAUGUUGUCACAAUUGCUUCAUUAGCGGUAGGCUACAUAUUCUAGCUUUUGUCAUUUAUAUUAUAAUUAUAGUUACUUAUAAAAUGAUAAAUGUUUCAUAUUCGUUUAAGUGGGGUAGCGAAUUCACUAGAAAAUAAAGGUCCUGACGUUUUCAAAAUUUCACCUUUGUGUACGCAAGGGUUUACAUGUAAAUAUCAGUAAUUUAUUUCGUCAUUGUAAACAUGAUUGUGCAAUGAAUAGAUCAUAAGAUUUAUUCAUUGUACCUUUGUGGUGCAAUGUCACGUAUUGCCUUCUUUUUAAUAAUGAUAAUAAUGAUAAUAAUAAUAAUAAUGAUAAUAAUAGUAAUAAUAAUAAUAAUAA